AUGUCGAAAUAUAAUCCAGUGCUUAGCGGAAAACUUCAACAGCCUCUCACUCCACUAGCGAAGGCUGAGUUAAUUCAGCAUCUCUGGUGUAACCAAGGAACAAUAGGAACUCUGCAACAUGACUCGCAUUGGGAAGCGUACUUUUCAUACUAUUCAAGAGAAUGUAUCGCGGCUCUGAUGGAUGAGGGCAUCUAUGUCGCAGCCAGAACCCAUGGUGACGUCCUCAAAGCCGCGCGCCUUCUUGAGGAUGGGUCUACCUUGGAAGAAGUCACCGAGCAGCUGCGUGGUGAUCUCAAGCAUACGAAUUUCUCGUCGGAUCAGGACAGAAUGAUAGAUGGAACCAUUAAACUCGUGGUACGCUUGUUCGCUAUGAUCAACAUCGGUGCGCUGCCGAUGGAGGCGUCUGGGCGCUUCAGCUUACCGUGGAUUCGAGGAUCCUUACAAGACGCCGUGAAGGACUUCUUCGCUAUGCCCCCAGAGCUGGACUUCGAUCCAAAAUAUAGUGUAUUUGGGGCGGAUAUCACUUGCCGUAAUAUAGAACGUAUGUCAGGGAUCGAUGUCGUACCAACGAACAACUUAGCGGACCAUCUGCGACUGUCGCAUGGGGACAGGAAAGUCUGCGUCUUUCACCACGUGUCGUUCCUCAGGAGGGCGAAAGCGAGUCAAAGCUUAUUUCCGAGUGGAUUGAUUGAAGAAACGCUGGAUACGAUCAUGCUCCUUUUCCCGGACAACGACCAGAAAUCCAGACGGUGGCUGGAGAACGAUUUCCAGAACAAUACCCAGUCAAUUGUGAUUGAUCGUAGCGUGACAAAUGUGGGGCACUUUAAAGCUGGCCAUCCAUCACGGCGACUCGAGCGCUAUCAUUUCUGGCGGGACCGGCUCGGCGCCCUGGCCGAGGCUAUAGAUGAUGCUACACCUCCAUCAAGAGCAAUCUUGAAAGCACUGAAAGACAGGAAGAAAGGCGAUCGCUGGCUGAAUUCCUGGGUCGCCACGGUGGCGAUCUGCUUGACAUUGUUCUUCGGUCUAGUGCAGAGCAUCGAAGGCGCGAUUCAGGUGUACCAAGCGCUUCACUGA